UCCGUUUUUUUCCGCGCGACAAUGUACAAGACGAGCAAUUACCCCACCGUGGACCCCGCGCCCACCAUCAUGCACGGCACCUGGUUUUCCACGGGCUGCCGAGGCAACACGGCCGUGGCGGUGGAGAAACCCAAGAAAAAGGCGUUCAGCCUGGUCAAAAUCAUGUCUCUGAGCAACAAGAAAGGGCACGGCCAGCAUCCGCACCACCACCACAACAACAACAACAACAUGCCCUUUACGAUCCACUGUCACAUCGGGAAAGAGAUCAAGCACAUUUGCAGCAAUUGCAGCCGCGGGAAUGAGACACAAGACGCUGAGGAAGUAGAGAGGCUGGCCGCCAUGCGUUCUGAGUCUUUGAUCUCUGGCACCCACACUCCACCCAUUCGCCGCCGCAGCAAGUUUGCCACUCUGGGGCGCCUCCUCAAGCCCUGGAAAUGGAGGAAGAAGAAGAGUGAGAAGUUCAAGCAGACCUCUGCUGCGUUGGAGAGGAAGAUGUCAAUGCGACAGAGCAGAGAUGAGCUGAUCAAGAGAGGGGUGCUGAAAGAGAUCUUUGAAAAAGCAACCAUUGAGUUCCGAUCCUCCAUGGACGGCGGAGUCUGCACUCAGGAGCCCCAUAUUAAAUCCUCUAUGGUCCUGCCCAGCAAGAAAACUGUCACCUAUGCUGGUGACCUUCAGGAUACCCCCAUCAAGCCUCCGCUGUAUCAUAAACAGCCCCCUGCCCUCCCUCCAAAGCCUUUCUCUAGGAUCCCAAACCAUAGCACAGAUUCUUGCCAGCCAAUGAAGUUGCCCUGUAUGCCUGGGGGAAAGCACUCUCCACCUCUGCCCCCAAAGAAAGUUAUGAUUUGUAUGCCUCAAGGGGGGCUGGACUCCUCCUCCCCUUCUCCAUCCCCAAAUCCCCUAAGCGCUCUGUCCGAAAAGUGCGCCCCUUCUCAGAGAAUGUCCCUCCACCACGGCAACUUGCUGCCAUCUCAGUUCGCUGGCUUAUCCAGCCUUCACCAGAGCCACGGUCACCCACUCCAGCUACAGUACGGCAGCUUGCACGCUCCCAGCCGCAUCAUAGAGGAGCUCAAUAAAACCCUGGCGCUCUCAAUGCAAAGGUUUGAAAGCUCUGCAUUGCACGGUGGCGGUCAUUGUAUUCAAUUGGACCGAAGGGAAGUGCCGUCUGUGAUCAUCGACUACGAGGACGACAAGGAGAACAUGCCCAACGAGUCCGACUACGAAGAUCUGCCCAGCAUGUACAAGGACGAGGACGACGACGUGGAUGAUGACGAGGACGACGAUGAAGACGACGACUCCAUAUUUACAAGUACCCUGGCUCAGAAGGUGCUCAGGAAAGACUCUUUGGCCAUCAAGCUGAGUAACCGUCCAUCCAAAAGAGAGCUGGAGGAGAAAAACAUCCUGCCCAUGCAGACCGAUGAGGAGAGGCUGGAGUCCAGGCAGCAGAUAGGCACCAAGCUCACCAGGCGCUUGAGUCAGAGACCAACAGCGGAGGAGCUGGAACAGAGGAACAUCCUCAAACCUCGCAAUGAACAAGAGGAGAUGGAGGAAAAGAGGGAGAUCAAGCGAAGGCUAACACGAAAGCUCAGCCAGAGGCCAACUGUAGAAGAGCUGAGACAGGCCAAGAUUCUCAUCCGGUUCAGUGACUACGUGGAGGUAUCGGAUGCCCAGGACUAUGACAGGCGGGCGGAUAAGCCCUGGACCCGGCUAACAGCCGCUGACAAGGCCACCAUACGGAAGGAACUCAACGAUUUCAAGAGCAACGAGAUGGAAGUGCAUGAGUCAAGUCGCCAUUUAACCAGGUUUCACAGACCAUAGUAGACCAUCACUGUCUGGAGCAGUGCCGGACCGAUCCCACCGCUCCUCCACUGAGAACCUUAAGUGCUGGACAGUAAAAAUGGUGCCCGUUUCUACAAUAAGGCCAUGUCUUCUGAAAUGCCUUUUAUUUUUUUUUCCAAGACCCAAAACAACUUAGUCGGUACAAGAUGCAGACGCCCACUACUCCAUCGACGGAAGUAGCACAUACUGACUCCAGUUGAUUCACAAUGCCCCUAUUUUGGAACAUCGCCCCUCGACUGUCUCGUCAAACCUCCCUGCUGAGCUCUCAAUGCGGGCGCUCAGUUCUGUGGCUGUCAGACAGCAGGAGGGUUAGUUUUUGUUUUUUGCAAUUGAUUGACAUUGUCAACAUUUACUGAGGAAAGCUGUUGGCACAUCAUUAACACCAGAGGACGUGUCUCAGUGGACACGUUUUUAUCCCCUCUUCCUUAUAAUGCUGUUACUCCAGACUCCUCUCGCCCAAAACUGCACUUGGAUGCAGUGUUGACUGUUCUUAGCUCACUGAUAUCAGCAAAGGAUCCGCCUCUACUGCACCUGCUGGGACUUAGGAUACAGCUUCAAAUAUGGGGUCUAACAUUAGAAACCGUGCAAUAUUGUUUUCCUCUGCUUUUUCCUAGGCUAUAGCACCCCCUAGAGUCCCCUCUUUGUCAUUACUCUGUGUAGUCCUGACUUCUCCUCUUCCCUCAUUAUGUGCAAUUCUCACUGUACCGACAAUGUUGACAUCUUAAAUGCUUAACUGUGAAUUUGAGAGUCGUGAGCUCUCUCCAAAUGUACAUUUUGUUUAUAAUAAGGAAGAAAGUUACUUUCAAAGAUGAAUCAUGCUUGACAAAGUCACAAUCUUAUACAUUUUAAUGUAAAAAAAAAAAACAAUUGCAGCUGCCAGAGAUAUUCUGGUUCCAGUUUGUGCAACACUGAUCAUUUUUUUAUGAUUUAGUUUUUGAUAGAACCGCUUUGAUCAUUUAUAAUUGGUUUCAUGAUUUUAAAUGUUCUAGCUCUUUGGUUUGUGAGAUUUUUUUGUUUUUAAACAAAUGACCAAGAGCUGGCUCACCAUGUUGUUAUGUAAUACAUUUAAUUGUGUUUCAGCGCUGCGUUGAAUGAUCUCUGCAUUGUAUUAUACUUUACUUUUAUACUCGUGACAUUAUAAGCUUUUCAACAAGCAAUAUCUGUUUUUUGUAGAGAAAACUACAGGUGUACUUCCCACCAUUUUUUAACUGUGCUUAUACACUAUACGACUCACUUCAGGGUUUUGAUUUUCUUUUAGAAUAGUCUUUUUUUUCCAUGAGGACUUUUUCUUGCAUUUUUCUUGACUGAGCCACCAAAAGAAUCUGCCUCUUUAACAGCUUACAGACUCAUUCGACAACACUUGAUUCAAUCUAGAAAUUAUGACUGAACCUGAUGAUGAAUUCUGACACAAGUACAGAUUUUUGGUGAAUUCACUGAGGUCAGGAUUUUUUAUUUAUUUUUUUUGCACUGAGAAGAGUUUGGCUUUACAGUGGCCACUGUUUUAAGAUCAGGGCCUACAGGUGUAAAAUAAUGUUGGAUUUCUGAACUGUGACCACUUUGUUUUCUUCACUUUAAAGCUCUUGUCACCUGAUCACUGAUACUACACCAGUAUUCCAAUGCUCAUAAGCUUUAUGUACACAGAAUAUUUUCAUUAUUUUUUUACUGUUUUACUUUUGAAGUUGCAAUAUGAAAUUCAUGUUUGUCAGAUGAGUAAAGGGAGUACAGGCGAAAGGCUGUCGGCCUCCCACUACAACAUGUAUCUGCAUUGAAAACAAGCUUUCCUUUAUUUUCAAUGUCUCCAUCUGUUACGGACAAAUGAGAAUAUAGUACUUUUUGUGCACUUAAUAGUUUUUAUGUGAAAUAUUUUGGAUUAUGUUUGGAGCACCUCCUCAAAAUCAAUGCACAGAUUGAUCCUUUAUUUGAAUCAGAAAUUGAUGGGGUGAUCCUAUCCUGGAGACUUUGAAAAAGAUGAGGUUUCUUUGUGUAAGAACCAGCUUUCUGUCUGAUUCCAGCAUCAUGCCACCUAACUGAAAUGUCCCAUCUAUAUGUGCAGUAAAAUAGUGUAAUAGUAAUACAUUUAGACAAAUCUGCUCCAGUUUUAAUUUCAGCUCCGAGACAUAAACCUGAGCCUCUGGUCUGAGCAUGAGGUUUCCCCAUUUUUGCUGGAAUCAAGGAACAUGAAUUCAGCAAUAAUCGUUUUUCCCUUUUUCAUGUUAGAGGAGCAGCUGAAUGAAUUUUGAAAGUGUUUCUUUUUUCAUUUCUUUUUUUUUUUUUCUUUCAUUUUUGAAAUACAGAGUACCGUGUACAGGAAACAUCAUGCCAAUUAAAUUCCAUUUCUGAA